ACACCAAUUCAAGUUAAAGUAGCAUUUCAUCACUAACAAAUAUGGAUUGCCUCAUCACCACUCUUCCACUGCUCCUCCUCCUCCUUCUCCUCAGCCUCUUCACAUCUACCUCCGCCGUCAACUUUGAAGUUCAUAACCACUGCCCCUACACCGUUUGGGCAGCCGCAACCCCAGUUGGCGGUGGCCAACGCCUCGACCAAGGCCAAAGCUGGAACAUCAACGUGCCACCCGGCACGGCCAUGGCACGUAUAUGGGGCCGCACAAAUUGCAACUUUGAUGGUAGCGGAAGGGGUGGAUGCGAGACUGGCGACUGCGGUGGGGUGUUACAAUGCACCGGGUGGGGCAAACCGCCCAACACCCUAGCGGAGUUCGCCCUAAACCAAUUCAACAACCUCGACUUCUUCGACAUCUCCAACGUCGACGGCUUCAACAUCCCAAUCAGUUUCGGCCCCACCAGACCCGGCGCCGACAGAUGCCACACAAUCUCAUGCACCGCAAAUAUUGUGGGCGAAUGCCCUGACCCUCUCAGGGUUGCCGGAGGGUGUAACAACCCUUGCACCACCUUUGGAACACCAGAAUAUUGCUGCACCAAUAAUGUACCAUGUAAUCCGACAAAUUAUUCAAUGUUUUUCAAGACCAGAUGCCCUGAUGCUUAUAGUUACCCUAAGGAUGAUGCCACCAGCACUUUCACUUGUCCCGGAGGAACCACUGAUUAUAGGGUUGUUUUCUGUCCAGAACAAAUUAUUCAAGUUGGGAUUUAUGAAAGUUUAAUUCCUAUAAAUUAAGGCUUUAAUUAAAUCCUAUAAAUAAGUCUGCGUUAUAUAUAUGAUGUAUAUUGUUUCCUUUCCUUUCCAGAUGAAUAAUGCAAUCGAGAUUUCCUCA